AUGGGCUGCGGCAUCCGCGGCCUCGUGGCUUUGGAUGACCGCCGAAAGUUGCCCUGGGCAGCUUCUCCCGAGUUGCGACAGGCUGUCACGGACCACAUGCACACAGUGGCCACAGUGGACAUCCUUUGUGCUGCCGAGAACGCUCCUUCUUUCCGCUUGACAGGCGCCUGUGACGUCGGCUGUGCUUUGUCGCCGCUGCUCAGCGAAGCUGACUGGACCCGCACCUUCCAAGAGGAUCCGGAGCUGGCGAGCCGGAGGGCCUUGUACUCAUCCGCUGAGACUCGCACGCUGGACGCCGGCCAUUUCGACGUAGGCAUUUCCUGCGUCUGGGAUGUGAGCCUCAAGAUUCAACAACUCCUUGCAGGCGAAAAAAGGAGCGAGCGAGAUGUGAGAGCCGAGCGCAAUGCAGAGCUGUGCCCCGUUCAGUGCCCUCGGUGCCCUCAGUGCCGGUGCUCGCGCCCUGAGCUGUGCAGCCGCUUUGCUUUGAGGGCGUUCUUGGUGCCCGUCAACAUGACAGGUGUUGAGCGAACCCAGAGCAGAUGGCACGACUCAUUUGUCUCCUGA